AGGGCAGAAACGAUCGCCCAACUGUUAUUAUGCAAUGAUAGAUGUGUAGGGAAUAAACAGGGAAUUUUCAAUACAACACUGAAGCAAUGCGCAUGCGUUAAACUGAGUUCCGUAGUUAGAAUGCAGUAUUUAAAAAUUUGUGUUCUUGUCGGUCGGUUGUGCUGACAGAAAAUCGAUGAAAAAUUGUGCUGUGUUGGUUUCAAUAAUGUGUUUAGUGAAAUUUUUUUAAUUUUUAUGGUGAUUAGACGCUUAAAAACAUCUAUUAAAUUUCUCGGUGAUAAUAUAAACUCAUAAAAUAUAGCAACAUGACUAAGGAUAGACUUGCAGCGUUGAAAGCGGCACAAGGUGAUGAUGACUUUGCAGUCAGUGUUGAAGACACAAGAGGUAGUAAGUUUAUGGAAGAAUUCUUCUCAGAGGUUGAAGAAAUCAGGGAGAAUAUCGAAAAAAUACAAGGAAAUGUGGAAGAAGUUAAAAAGAUACACAGUGCAAUUCUUUCAGCCCCACAAACAGAUGACAAGGUUAAACAAGAAUUGGAAGAUCUUAUGGCUGAUAUUAAGAAAACCGCCAAUAGAGUACGAGCAAAAUUAAAAGUUAUGGAACAGAAUAUUGAACAAUCAGAGCAGUCAGAUAUGUCAUCAGCAGAUUUCAGGAUACGCAAAACACAACAUUCUAUGUUGUCUCAAAAAUUUGUUGAAGUUAUGACAGACUACAACAAGACUCAAACAGAUUAUAGGGAACGAUGCAAGGCUCGUAUUCAAAGACAACUAGAAAUAACUGGAAAAGUUACGACAAAUGAUGAAUUAGAAGAAAUGUUAGAAAGUGGUAAUUCUGCAAUAUUCACACAAGGAAUCAUUAUGGACACACAGCAAGCUAAACAAACUCUUGCUGAUAUUGAAGCUAGGCAUGCUGACAUCAUUAAAUUGGAGACUAGUAUUCGAGAGUUGCAUGAUAUGUUCAUGGAUAUGGCUAUGCUUGUCGAAAGUCAGGGAGAAAUGAUAGAUAGAAUUGAAUAUCAUUGUGAGCAUGCUAAAGAUUAUGUAGGAGAAGCUGUGAAAGAUACCAAACAAGCUUUGGCUUAUCAGAGUAAAGCUCGAAGAAAGAAGAUCAUGAUUAUGAUCUGUGUAACUAUCCUGGUAGUGAUUCUCGUAUUCACAGUGGCUGGAUAUCUAGGAUUUUAAUUCAACAGCUUGCUACAUCUUACACUGUUAUACUCAUUCUACAAUCACACUCUAGGGGAAGCAAAUUUUCAAAUCUUCUUUUCUUCUUUUUGCUUCUCCAAUUGUGGGUUGCAUGGGGAAAAAUAACUUAGUUCACUAAAGGUGCCAUUAAUAAAAAAAACAGGUAGUGCUAUUCCAUAUUCACAAAUGAAUGUAAAUGAAUUACUAAGAUAGGGAAAAUGUUUUAGACUACGAAUCAAGAAAGUUAAUGAGUUUGUAAAAGUUGAAUGAUAAUUUACACUUUCUUAUUUUAAUUUGAUGGAUAAGAAUUUUAGUUUAAUUCAAAAAUUUUUUUUUAAUUUUAAACUCUUUUUGCAUAUGAGGUCAAAAUUAUGUAGUGUUGAUAAUACUGUGGGUCAAAUGCUAAAAUAAAUAAAGUAAUAAAACUUAUAUUUGCAAUUUUGUCGCAAUAAGUUCUAAUUUUUUACACAAAUCCAAAAAUAGUUAUUAUCUUACAAAAUAUAAAUAAAAUAUCUAUCUAUAAAACCUCUAAGUGUUCUUUUAGAAAAGUAUUUUCACAAUCGCUAGUUGUGAGCCAGAGGGACCGUGUACAUUAAGACUCCCUUCUUUUGAGACCAACAACAUGUGGGCGGCAAUGUUGUUAGCAUUGUGCAACGAUUGCCAUUACUUCCCAUACAAGUUUGUACUCUUCAAUUUGCUGGGUGGGUUUCAAGCUGCCACCAGUGAUUAACCAGUACUUUACAAGAACAGCCCAGUGCCUGCGGCUUUGCGAGUCAUGAAUGGUGGUGCCCCAUGUAGAAUUUUAUUUAAAAUAUGAGAACUAACAAUGGUAGAAUAGCAUUUCUUCUAAGCAGAAUGCCCUACAAAAUGAUCAGUUACAUCAAGAUCAUAACAAUAAAUUAUUACUAAAGGCGUUUGUAAACAGGGGAAGGGUCAGGAAGAUGCAUAUAAACCUCAUCUAGAAAUCCAAAUUUAUUUAUAAUUAAAUAAAAAUUUUUUUUAUUUAAUUAUGAAGGUGAAAUUGACUGCUUAUUAGUAGGGUUCCAUCAUCACCACCCAUAAUAUAAGUUUUUAGAAUCCUAGUUUAUAAUAAGUUCAAAAGAUUAUACAUAUUUGUGUUCUCAAAUUAAUAUCUAAGAAAUGAAAAAAAUGCCAUGAUAAAUAAUGUCCCUUGCAGAAAAAUAACUUGAGCCCUUAUUGGACCCAUAUUUAUGAAUCUUAACUCAAUAAUGGAAAAAAGGUCAAUAUUUUUUGGAUAUUGACCCUAAAUAGAAUUGUUAGAUUCACCUAAUAUUUUAUAAUCCAUUAUUCAGCCAAUAUCGGCCCAAUAUAGAAUUGUCCAUUUUACCUGAUAUUUUACAGUCACUUUUCAACCAACAUCGGCUCUAUGUAGAAUUGUUAUUGCUCAAUAUUAAGAGCCAUUCUUUGACCAGUAUUAGAAAAUCUAGACAUCCCAAUAUUGGUCCGUUGGUGUAUGUUCUUACAGGACCCAUAUUGAGCCAAUUUUGAGGCCAACUGGGGUCUAGGUAAAAUUGUUGUUUUUGAUGUUUACUAAUAACAUUUCUUUUUUAAAAAAUUAAGAUCCUUAAUGUGCAUUUUUACACACUUUUUGAAAAGUAUUCAAGGGUGGUGAAUAUGGAAUAUUUUGCCUUAGCUAAAUAUCUAAUUUUAAUCAGAAACUUAAAAUUCUUAAAAGUUUUUUGUUUCAACAAAAUAGGCCUAAUUUAGUUACCAGUUCCUAAUUUAGUUACCAGUUCCUCAUCAUUUUAAAAUCAAAAGUAAAAUGAAAUGUAAAUUAGACUAUUCUUUGCCAAAAAACUUAAAAUUUGGAUAAAUUAAUUGCUAUUAAUUUUUUCAGAUAUCUUUCUUAUUUUUGUGGAACACAAAAUGUGAAAUAACAAUCAAAAUUUAUAAAAUCAGAAACAUUAAACAGUAAUUAGUACAAACAGUAAUUAUUAGGGUGGCAAUACAAAACAAAAGGUGGAAUUUCUUUAAUCACAUCCUUUGAAAAGGUGUCAUUUGCCCUAAAACUAAUAUUCUAAAAGUUUUAGCUCACAAGAAUAAUAUUUAGACCCUACUUCCAAAAUAAAAACACGAUUUUUCUCAAAAAAUGUUAUAUUUUUUGCUAUAAAUUUCGAUAAUUGUACAAGUACACAUAUGGAUUUAAUUAGUAGUUAAUAAUGCUUUAAACUUAAUCUUUUAUAAUUAAAAUGUCUUCGUCAAAUGAACAGAUCGAAGGAUAAAAGAUAUUUUUUCUAAAACUAUACAAAAAUAUAAAUUUAAGAAUAGAAAAAAUUUGCACACAUUUAAUUACUCUUGUAAAAUGAUUAAACUAAGAAACCAUGAAAAUUUUUUUAAAAAUUUAUAGUCUUUACUAAAAUUUCUCAACUGUUUUUCAAUCAUCUGGAUCAGAUUUAAGAAGAAAAAAUUAAUUUAAAUUAUUAAUUCUAUUGAAAUUAUCACAAACGACGUGAUAUAAAUGAGCCAUCAAAAUUUUUAUUAUUUUUUUAAACGUAUAUGUGAUUUUAAAUGCAAUUCUGUCUUAAUUAUUCUAGUUUCUUAAGUGUAUUUCUUAUUCAGUUCAUAUUCAUCACGUGACAAUAGUUUUGAAGCCAUUUUCAUUUCUUUUUCAAGAUUUUCGAAACCAAAUAAAUUUCAGGUUUGGAUAAUUUUAAGUCUUGACACAGACAUUAGUCUUGACAAGUUAGAUCAUUAAACUAAAACUUCGUAUCUAUAUUUUUAAAGACAUCUAUCUUGAGAAAUUCAUUUCUGAAAAUAGAAAUUUCUGAGGGUUUUUGCCAUCCACCUAGCAUGAUGUAUGGCACCUGAAAGCUAUUUUAUUUUGACCUCAGAAGGAUAUUUUGCUUGGUGUAGCGAAUUCUAUUAACAUCAAGCAUAAUUACAUGAUUUCUUUGUAGUCUUCUCCAGCAAGAUAUAUUUUGGGUUUUACAAUUGCCCAGAAACAGCUGCUUAGCAACAUUUUUGAUGUUAUAUAUAUAUUUUUUGGCCAUCUUACCAUUGAUCUAAUUUUUUUACUGGUUUUCGCUAAUUUAAGGAGACCUUACCUUUCGCUAAUUAAGGAAAUCUUAGAAAAUUUCAAGUUGAAGGCUUUUGGUUGAUUCUAUUUUUAAAUCAAACUUAGAUUUUGAUGAUGACACACAAGGUAUUAGAAAGUUUUUCAAA